CAUUUAAGCUUUACCGAAUGAAGAGCAUUCUUUCAUGUCUGGAGAAAUCAUGAUUUUUGUCAUUGAAAAUUCGAUAAUGUGACAUUAUUACGUAAAAAAGUCUUAUCGUUAACGUAAAUACAUAAUAAGAAAUGAAAAAAUGCCCAUAUAGGAUUUGGGUAGCAGUUAUGAUUUUUAAUGCAGCAGCUCUAAACUACGCAUACAGGGUGUAUUUUCAACUAAGUUUAGUAGCAAUGAUCGAUAAAAAUGAGGAAGUGUUCAAUGAAACUAGCAAAGAAAAAGAAAAGCUUGAAGUUCCCGAUUAUGGUCCAAGAUACAAAUACAGCAGCUGGCAAGAAGGCUUAAUUGUGGGAGCUUACUUCUACGGGCAAACAAUAACCUCCAUACCCGGAGGACCCAUAGCAGAAAUCGUUGGUCCUUGGAUCUCAGUACUUUUCAGCUCUUUGUCGAAUGCCGCUAUAACAAUUAUAUCUUUGUUCGUCAUAAGCGAUAACUGGGUGCCACUUUUCGUAUGUCGAUUUUUCAUUGGGUUAUUAUCCGGAGUCCAAUAUCCAGCCCUCCAAUGUCUGAUCGGACGUUGGGCACCACCACACGAAAAGGGCAAGUUUUCCGCUUGUCUAAUGGGCAACGUCUUUGGAUCCAUCAUGUCAACCGUCAUAAGCGGCUUCUUGAUCCCUAUGUGGGGUUGGCAAUCCACCUUCUACGGCAUCGUUAUCGUAACGGUGACUUUCGGUUUCUUCUGGUUCCUGCUGAUCUCGGACUAUCCGUCAAAAUCUUGGUGGUGCAGCCAGGAGGAGUCCCAGUUCAUAAUGGACAGCCAUGAAGGGACCAUAGAGCAAGGAAAGGUCAUGCCUCCUUUCCUCAAAAUUGCCACUUCUAUACCCUUCCUGGUCCUUGUGAUAGGACAGUUUGGCAGUUUGUGGGGUCUGAAUCUCAUCGUGACCUCGAUGCCCAAGUUUAUGGCAGAAGUUUUACACUUCAAGAUGGAAAAAUUGGGCACACUCGCUGCGCUUCCAAGCUUAGCACGUCUCAUCAUGGGUUUUAUCUUUGGGAUCACUGCAGAUUACCUCCUGAAAAAGCAGAUCGUUAAAAAUAAGGCGGUGGUGAGGAAAGGAUUCGUCCUUUUCUCCCAUUUGCUUCCUGGAGUGACUUUAUUCUGCUAUACUUUCAUCGGCGCCAAUCCCGAGUUAGCUGUUAGCUUUUUGGUCAUUAUGCUAGGUCUGAAUGGAGCAACUGUGGUCACCAUGCUCGUGAAUAACCAAGACCUGGCACCAAAUUUCGCAGGUACCCUUUAUGGCAUCAUGAACUGCUUCGGAUCCAUGCCAGGUUUCAUAAUUCCCAGUAUUAACUCGAAAAUAUUGGAGAAAAAAAGUGACUGGCCAGAGUGGACUUUGAUAUUUUCAAUCGGUGGAGCAGUAUAUGUAUCUACAGGGAUUCUCUUCAUCCUCCUGGGAUCAACCAAACUACAACCCUGGAACGAAAAGAAAAGCAAGGAGGGCCAAAAUGCUCCAGGAGCACCAGGGGUUUCUGCAACCUGAGUAGGGCUGAUUCUCCGAUUUUAAUUAGUGAAAUAAGGUCAUACGUAAUAUGCAUGUACUAUCUCGACAACUGUUAUAGUUUUGAGUUGAGAAUUGAAUCAAAGUUCUCUUAUGUAUGCCAUGUGUGAAACACAUCAAUGGCUGCUAUCUAUCCUUCACAAUCCUAUUUGCAAUUUCUUGUGAGCUGCGGAUAAUUUCACAUAAUUAUGUUGUUAUGGCAUUAACUUGAAUUCUUUCUAUAAAUAUUAUCAUUCAAGAAUUCUACAAAUUUAAUAGAAACAAUUACCUAAGUAGUUAAUUUUUGAACCGACGUAGGUCCCUAUCAAAGGAAUUAUACCAGGCAAACGCAUAACAGAUAUGAUGAACCCAAAGGGCAGGGCAACACAAUGUUCUAUUUAAUUAUUCGCUUUAGAUAACAUUGAAAUUAUUAUUGUAACCUUAGAGUCCCCAGCAGAGAAUUGAUUGAUAAAUAUUUUCCCA